GAGUUGAUGCAGGAAGUACUUACUACGCCGGGAGGGAAAAUCAAAAAGUUAAAAGCGGAGAAAAGUUUUUACUGGACUAGCUAGCUUGUGAAUGUUGCUUUUUUAUCAUCAGUUCUUACUGAAAUAGUAAUAAUAAUUUAUCUAGGCUGUAGUUAUACAAUCUGGCUAUGCAGCAAAUGCAUACAACAGGUCGUUAUUCUUGGAAAGAUGGAAUAUCAAUAAUAAACUAUUUUCUACAUUAAGGAUUGUCAUGUGCAAAUGAGUAAUGGGGUUCUCUAUUAUCUGCAUCGCAAAAAUAUUUCAAUGGUGGGCUUUUCGUGAAAUUCAUUCACUAAAAUAAAAUAACCUGGAGUAAAACUUUGCAACCUAUGGUAAGAGAAAAUGGCGCUGUUCCACUGUGACUGAAUAUGGUUACUGCCUGUCUGAAUUUCAUGAAUCACUCCAUCAUUAUUGCACACAUUCUAGGUGUGAUAAGACCUCUCCCUUUCAGAAGGGUGUCACAUGCUUCUGUUUACCUAUCCCAUGCAUAGUUAAAGUAAACAUUGUUUAGCUGUGCUAUCACUCAAGUGCUGCAGAAAAACUUUGAGAGCUUUAUUCGGCACUCCCUACCAACUGUGUCUCAGUCAAUCAAGUAGGUCUGAACACUUGGUUUAAUAGGCUUGGUUUAGUCGCCGGAGUUGGACAGGCUGGCCUCAAGAUGAACUGGCUUUUCCUCCAGGGCCUCCUCAGUGGGGUGAACAAGUACUCCACAGCGUUCGGCCGCAUCUGGCUCUCAGUGGUCUUUGUCUUCAGGGUCUUGAUUUUGGUGGUGGCUGCGGAGAAGGUGUGGGGCGAUGAACAGAAGGAAUUCUCCUGUAACACGGCCCAGCCGGGCUGCCACAACGUCUGCUAUGACCAUUUCUUCCCCGUGUCCCUCGCGCGACUGUGGGCCCUGCAGCUCAUCUUCGUCACCUGCCCCUCGCUGCUGGUGGUGUUGCACGUGGCCUACCGCAAGGAGCGAGAGCGCAAACACUGCCUGAAGUACGGCGACGGGUGCCCUCGCCUGUACGCCGACGUGGGGAAGAAGCGCGGAGGUCUGUGGUGGACGUACUUCCUGAGCCUGCUCUUCAAGAUGGGAGUGGACAUGGUCUUUGUCUACCUGGUCUACUACAUCUAUGAGGCUAAUUUUUUCCCCCUGCUAGUCAAGUGCAAAGAGGAGCCCUGCCCCAACGAGGUGGACUGCUUCAUCACCCGGCCAACGGAGAAACGCAUCUUUGCCACUUUCAUGGUGGUCAUCAGCCUGAUAUGCAUCCUCCUCACUUUCAGCGAGCUCCUUUACCUGGCCGGCAAGCGCUGCAGGGAGAGCUGCAGGCCCAGGCGGCGCUCCGUUCAGCCGUCUACGGCCUCUUCAGUGCUGGAUAAGAAGACUUCCUUCUUGGAGGUCCACCCUCUGAAGCAGCUUGAUAAUGGUAAUAAAGACACCAGUGUUCCCGCGUACAGCGUGGCGGUCUCCUGAGCAGGAGACACUGGUCUUUGGAGAUUGUCAGAGGAAAUAAGGUUCAAAAAGACUAAAGAUGUGGUGGCUACUUUUGUUCCUAAUGCCCAACCCCAUGCAUUGCAAAGCAAUUGAAGCAGCAGUUAAUAUGUUGUAUUUUACUGAAAAAUUGCUGGAAGAAGAACAGUUACAGUAGGUGUAGCUAAUUUUAUCCCGAGUGGUUGAUAAAUUUCUAUGUUUCCUGAGAGUGUGUGCAAAUAUGACAAAAAGUAAAAAGUUAUAAAUAAACUGAAAUGGAAGAUUUGUAAUCAUCAUGCCAAAACCUCACAUUGAAACCCUGUAACAGAACUUUAAAAGAUUUUUUCUUCAAAAGGACGUUUUCUUACAAGUUCUGUGUGCAAUUCAGUCCUCUUGACUUCAUUUUUGAAAGACUUUGAAAUGUAGGGAAUGUUACAUGUCUUCCUUAUCUAGUGUUCCUCAUUGUUGUUGAUAUGUUUAUUUUUAAAAUCUAAAUGUAAAAUGCUGUUGAAUAAUAUAUCCUUAAGUAUAGCACCCUGGAAAAUGGCCUUUAGCAUCAAAUAAAAUAUCAAAGAAAAACACAUAUAAAGGAGAGGAAUGGCAUUCCCUUUUACAUGGCUUGUCACAUGUCUGAAAUGCACAACCAAAAAAUAAACUUAUAUUUGAUUUAUUUGUUAUCCUCAUACCUGUUGUAAGAAUAAUUUGUCUUAAAAUGUUUUAAAAAACAUUUCUGAUCAUUUCAAUUAAAAGGUUAA